CCCAACUCCACGACGGUAUGCUCUCCUCAGGCGAAGCUGAAACAAACGAAAGAACGACACUUGAGGUUCGCUGAGCAUUGAUUUUCCUCUCGGUCAUCUCAACGACAACGGUGCCUGAUAGUGGACACGAUGCUGAGGCUAUUCAGCGGCCUUGAUCCCAAGAACCGGUGCGUGGCCAAGGCCACCAACAAGUACGCAAGGAAAGAGUUAGCAGAGGGGCCUCGCCGCAGGCCGCUGGUGUGUUUGUAUGUGAUGGAUGUGAUUGACACAUGUGGUUUUGCCCACACAAUUCCUGCAGGCGUGUUGAGGGGGCCAAGCCCAAGUACUACCGCACCAUCCUGAUCGAGCUGUGGGGCAAGGAGACCGCCCAGCAAUGCAGAGAGGCCUACCAAUGGCUGUUCGACAGACUCAUGGUCAGUGCUCAGCCAGCCAAGCAGGCCAAGCCACAGCACACCACACAGUACAGUGCAAUCAAUCGAGCUCGCCCCUCUACUCUUCUUUUUCAGAUUCGUCCAAUCACUUCGGACCCUGUGGUGACCCUCAAGGUGCUGCUGCUGGUGCACAAGGUGUGCCAGCAGGGGCCCCUCGAGGCCGUCAUGCAGAACCUCCCCAUCAACCUGCUCGACAAGAUACACGGCGCGUGGAUGGAGCCCUUCCCUGACAGCAGUAGCCACCCCCACCACACCCCCGACCUGCAGGGCAGCCAGAACCACAUCAUGAUGCUCAACAGCAGCGGGGUCAGCAGCGGCCCGGAGGACGUGAUUGUGGAGCGGAUCGACUCGAACUCCAGUGUGCUCAGCACCAGCGACGACCAGAACCUCAAGGCGGUGAUAGCCGAGUACAGUCGGUUCCUGCAGGCCAAGGUCAGCACCCACAGCAGGUGGGAGCUCUUCUUCCAGGGCAACUGGUCCAUCGACCGCUACCUCGCUACCAACAUGCUCACACUCGAGCAGGCCGCGCAGAUCUACGACCCCACAAUGUCACCCAUACACCCAACCGUCCUCACCUCGCUGCUCGACCUGGCCCCCGCCCUCGCCCGCCUCAACGCGCGGCUGAUUGAGCCACCGCCGGACGGGGGUCAGCCCGGCUGCAUUGGGUCGAGGUACUUCGUGCUGUAUCUGGGGGUCAUCACUGCCCUCAUCGACGAGUCUUGGGCGCUGCUGUCGAUCGCCACGCACAUCCUCGGCCGUCUCGUGCUGAAGCUAUACCCCUCCCGCACACCCUCUCCCUCCCCCAAGCACCAGAACCAGCAUCAGCAGCAACGGUCGCGGUCCUUUGGCCACGCCCGGUCCUCCCUCCGAUUUGACAUUGACAGUCUGAUGAUGGAGUCGACGGCUGCUGAUGAUUUCGACUCAUCCCCCAGCCAGUCGGCGGCCUCUCUCUUCGCGUCGACCAAUCCGAUGCCCCCAUACCCCCCACAGCCACCCGAGACGUCGGCAACGUUUCCCUCUGGCGACGAGAGUGAAGCGUCUUUGCGGAGGCGGCGGACUUUGGCCAGCCUGCCGUCGGGGAUAUCUGAGGGGAGUGACAGUGAGGGCGGGUGGGGGUCGGUGACCGGCGACCAGCGGCGGAGCUUGGCUAGGGUGCUGCUGGCCGUCAAGGAGAGGUAUCUCAUGUUCGUUAGGACUGUCAGGGCGCUAUCAGGUACACACACACACACACAACAGACGAUGCAGGGGCGCAUCCGACGCACACGCCUUCUCUCCCUCCCUGUCGUGUGUCGAUCGAUCAGAUUUUUGUCGUCGUUUCGAGAGUGUGUUUCCCGAGCUGGCGCACAUGGCGUCGCCCCCCGACGUGGUGGAGGACCUCUUCUCCGACCUGCCCUCUCUCGUCAACCAGCCCACACCCACCAGCCCUCGCACCUCACGCGCGUCAAGGGCGACGCCCAUCGUACCCACCCCUCCCCCACAGCAAGCACGACCACAACAGGCCGCACGACAGCAGCUCUCGCCCAAAGAAGGCAUGGCGCGCACACACUCGCCGCAGAGGGGUGACGCCGGUCGUGGUGGGGGCCGGUUCCCCGAUUUCGAGCCGCCAUCGCCGCGGGGUGUGGCUGCCCAGAGGGCUGAUGAGGCCAAGACCGCCAGUCCGGCUGUGGGGCGGAGGGAGGGGGAGGGGGAGGCAGGGGAGCGCGACAAAAGGCCGGGGGAUCACGCGGCGUCGGCAUCGUUGCUGGGGCUGUCCCUGGCCCAUCGGAGCCGGCACAACAUCCCCAGUGCAGUCGUCAAGGCGUGCGACACACUCAGCGGGAUAGAGCUGCCCAAAUCGUCUGGUGAGAACAGGUUGCAAGGCCGACACACCGAGUAUGCAAUGUGCUUGCCAUCCCUCUCUCCCCUCCCUGCCUCAGAUCGUCUCUACCUGAACCCCUUCAUCCCCGACCCCAACCAGCCCUCAUUAUCCGCCGAUGGGCCGCCCGUCGAGGCCGGGAGUGCGUCAGAGGACGAGUUCGAGGACCUGUUUCUGCAAUCAGACACCUCACAGCCACAGUCACAAGGCCCCUCCUCACCCAAACACCGGCCGACAACGGCGGUUGAGGAUCUCAUGGAUAGGGCGGUAACGAGUCCCACUCGGCCACAGCAGCCAUUGCAGGAGCAGCAGAAGGAGCUGGGUGUGACGGCAGUGUCUGAGCAAGCGCCGCCGAAGCCUGCUGCAUCACGACCCCCUCCGCCCCCACCACCUCCCCCACCCCCUGCCCACCCCUCGCUUGCAGCGCAAGCAGGCCACGUGCGGUCCUCAUCUGCCGGCCCGGUGCCAUCCGUGGCACCAGCACACGCCCCCCGACCUCAGCCACUGGAACAGCCUCCGCCCAAGAAGCGGGCGGCACCGGCUGUCUCUUCGCCGCCUGGUGUGGAGCCCAAGUUCGGCCCAGGUGUGCUGCUGCCGCUGCCGGACGGUCCGGUGGGGAGGGGGAAGCCCCCCGAGGGGACCUCGCAAACUGCGUCGCCCACCCCUCUGUCGUCACCACGGCCGCCUCAUGUGGAGGCAGGUCGGGGAGGUCGGCAUUUGUGGGUGCAGCAACAGCAGAGGCUGCCAGAUCUUGGUGCUCUGCAGCAGCAGCAGCAGCAGCAUCACGUCAACAAGCAGGCGACGAUGCCGGUUGGAGAGAUCAUGGCGGCCGCGGGUGGGGGGCACGGACACGGCAAAGCAGCAGCCGUCGACCACCCGGUGGGGCGUGCUGUGAUGGCUCGGGCACCGACGGCGCCGCAGAUCGUCAAUAUAAAUGUGUCCCGUCCGCCACCACCAGCCCCCAUCCCGCCCCUGCCCCUGCCGGUGCGUGAGGCGAGGCGCUACUCGCGGGGCUCCUCCCACAACCACAACAACCCCUUCUCGGGCUCGCAGCAGGUGUCAGCCGCCCCAUCGUCACAGCACACGCCGGGAGUCCAGACGCCCGCAAGGCCGCUACACCCUGGCGGGCAGCAGCAUCAGCAGCAACAGCAAGGCAUCCAGGGGGUGUGGGCUGCUCAGCACCAGCAUCACCACCAGCAAGGUGGGGGAGGGAGCCCCAAGCACGGCAUGCAGCUGCCCCCGCCCCAGCCCCCCCAGGGAGAGCUGUUUCGCAACGCCUCCUACGGCGUGUUCGACCACUCGGCGCGUGCAGGGGGCGGUGGUCAUGGCGCGGGCGGGUCACCAGCACCGUCCAACCCCUUCUUGCAGCAGAACUUGGCUUACAUGGACCAGCACGCACCCUUUGGUGCGGGGCAGCGGCAGCGCCGCGCCAGCCAGCAGGAGAUGCACAUGCACCGCGUGUCGAUGACCCCUCCUGCUGUCACGCCGCGGAUGGGACAGACACCACACGCACACGUGGCCGCCGGACGAAACGCGGGCCUCAUGCAAGCAGCCUUCCCCACUCCCCCCAACGCACAGCAGCAGCAGCAGCAACAGCACCUUCAUCACCACCACCAUCACCACCAGCAGGCAGCGGCGCCGCAGCAACCCCACCAUGCCCACCCGCAGCCAAAGGGUGCGAGAGCGAUGCCCCACCACGCACCGGCACAGGCAGCGCCCGACAGCCCCUCGAGCAACAACAGAGUGGCGCCGGAGUUGGAGGUCGAUCCAAAGGAGAUCCUGUACGAGCGGCUGCUGGGCCAGGGCGCCACAGCCAAGGUCUACAAGGGCAGCUGGCGGGGCACCGAGGUGGCCGUCAAGCAGCUGACGGUGGCCCUGCCCCUCAACAGCGACGACAAGGCGUGCACCGAGUUCAACCGGGAGAUGGCCAUUAUGAUGCGCCUGCGGCACCCCAACCUGACUCUGCUGAUGGGGGCGACCACUAAAAACCGGCCGCUUUGCGUAAUCAUCGAGUACUGCAGCGGCGGGACGCUGUUCGAGCUGCUACAUGGGCAGCCACAGGUGCCGCUGACGUGGCGGCAGAAGAUCAAGCUGGCGACGGACAUUGCCAAGGGGAUGAACUUCCUGCACACCUGCAAACCGCAGAUUGUCCACAGGGACCUCAAGUGAGCCAAGACGGAGAGAUCGAGAGAUGAUGACCUUAUUGGAUGGAUGGAUGGAAUCGUUCGUGUGUGGCAGGUCGCUGAACAUCUUGUUGGCCGAGCCGGUCCGCUCGCCGUCAGACAAUCCGCUUGCCAAAGUCUCCGAUUUCGGUGAGUGAGCACACAGACACUCAGGCAGACAGACAGACAGGCAGGCAGGAGAGGAGCCGAGAGCACCUCCCUCCCUCCCUCCCUCCCUCUCUCCCUUGUGUGUCGUUCAUUCAGGUCUGAGUCGCAUCAAGCGUUCGGCGGGUUGGGGUCACAUGACGGGCGCCGCGGGCACCUACCACUGGAUGGCGCCGGAGGUCCUCACAAACCAACAGUACAACGAAAAAGUCGACGGUAGGCCCUGCCAAAUCAAAGGACACGCAAACAAGCGAGCGAUCGCAUCUCUCUCUCUGUGUGUGUGUGUGUGUGUACUUUUAUAUGCAGUGUUCUCGUUUGGCAUCGUGUUGUACGAGAUCUGUUCGCGUCGCAUCCCCUACGAGGAGCUCAACCUGCCGCCCGUCUCAAUCGGCAUCGCCGUCUCGAAGGGCGCCCGGCCCGACCUUAAGAGGAUCCCCAUCGACACACCUGUUCAGAUCAGGUGGGCAGGCAAGAAGGCGACACACGCGCAGCGCACAGCACAGCGGAGUGUGUGUGGUUCGUCCCAUGUGUGUGUGUGCAGGCAGCUGCUGCAGAUGUGUUGGGCGCCGAGUCCGGCGGAUCGGCCGUCGUUCGAGACGGUCCUCGCCGUGCUCAAACAAGUCAGCUGAUGGGGGUGGGGUAGGGUUGCGUUGCGUUGGGUUGGGUUGGGUGUUCUGGGUGCGGUGGCGGUGAUGCGCUGUCGAGUGAAGGUGCAUAGGGGCUGGCUGCUCGGGACAUGUAGUGUAUUUGGCCGGGGGGGAAUUGCGUGUGUGCAUCCUUUUGUGUUGGCUGGUUUGCUAAUGGAAAGAUUGGUCUGGCAAUGAAGGUGGUCGUGAGUGAUGGUAGGUUGGCUGACACGAACACUUGCUCGCGCACAGUGACUGGGUGAAAUGCGG